GGGUGUCACCCAUUUAUAUUUGCUAUGUAAAAAGUAAUUUCCUGCAUUAUUUUCCCGGAAAGUGCUGACAGUAGGAGAUCCUCGGAUAUCUUAUACUACGUUGACGUUAUGGAUUCCAGUAGACAGGCUGAUUGUUCAAACGGCUUUCAGGAGAUAUUUAAGUCCUUCGCGACAGAUGCCAUCCAUGUGGGUCAGGAGCCGGAGCAGUGGAAAUCGAUGGCCGUGGUGCCCCCCAUAUCGCUCUCCACCACGUUUAAACAGCUCGGACCCGGAGACCAUGCGGGUUUUGAGUACAGUCGAAGUGGAAACCCAACACGGAACUGUCUUGAGAGAGCAGUUGCUGCAUUAGAUGGUGCAAAGUAUUGUCUUUCCUUUGCCUCGGGACUGGCUGCAACAAUGACCAUCACACACAUGCUGAAGGCUAACGAUGGCAUCGUGUGUAUGAAUGAUGUCUAUGGAGGAACAAACCGGUAUUUCAGCAAAGUUGCUACAGCAGUUGGCCUCAGUGUGUCGUUUGCUGACUGCACACAGCUUGACGUUUUGAGCAGUGCUCUCAAGCCAAAUACAAAGCUGCUCUGGAUUGAGACUCCGACAAACCCAAUGAUGAAGGUAGUGGACAUCGAGGCCUGCUCUAAGAUUGCUCAUGAAUAUAGUAAAGACAUUAUCGUGGUGGUGGACAACACGUUCAUGUCAUCUUACUUUCAGCGCCCCCUGGCACUUGGAGCCGAUAUCUGCAUGUACUCUGCCACCAAGUACAUGAAUGGCCACAGCGAUGUUGUUAUGGGGCUCGCGUCGGUAAAUCGUGACGACCUGUAUGAGCGUCUGAAAUAUUUGCAAAAUGCCAUUGGCGCAGUCCCUUCCCCCUUCGACUGCUACCUGUGUAACCGUGGCCUGAAGACCCUUCACCUGCGCAUGCAGCAGCAUUUCAGGAACGCCAUGGCAACAGCCCGGUUCUUAGAGGCCGACCCUCGAGUGGAGAAGGUUAUAUUUCCAGGGCUGCCUUCCCAUCCCCAGCACGAGCUGAUGAAGAAGCAGUGCACUGGCUGCCCUGGCAUGAUCACCUUCUACAUCAAGGGCACCUUGGAGCACGCCACCGCCUUCCUCCGCAACCUCAAGCUGUUUUCCCUCGCCGAGAGUCUUGGGGGUUACGAAAGUCUGGCAGAACACCCUGCGAUCAUGACGCACGCCUCAGUGUCUGAGGGUGAGCGGGCCCUUCUGGGCAUCAGCGACACACUCAUCCGCCUGUCAGUGGGACUGGAGGAUGAGGAGGACAUCAUCAGGGACCUGGACUACGCUCUCAGUAAAGCCCAUCCUCAGGGAAAAUAGGAUCUUCGCGAUUUUUGUCCAACUUUUACGACAGCAGUUAAAACAAUUUGCCCCAAGACUGCAUCAUGAUACUGUAAUCGGUACAUUUUAAUAUCAGAGAACAAUGUUGCAUUAGGAAAUAUGUCAUUAAUAUUUCAAAAUGUAAAGUAUUUUAAUGAGCUGGUUGUGGGUAUUUUAUAAAUUAAAUUCUGCACACUUGCCCCUGGGGUUUUGUCUGAUGACUUACUUCCUGCGAUGAAGAGCAUCACAACAGACACACAAUCAAGUCUCUGCACUGCUGGUCCAGAUGGUCACGUUUUUAUUUUUGAGACUUUUUAUUGACUGGGUGGCUUUGAAUAUAUUUACCACUUUUCAGUGGUUGAAUUAUGUGGGGAAUGAAAGCCACUAUCAAAUGAUUCUGGAAAAAUGAUCACUUCAUGAGAACUACAGCAACGGAUCUGAUGUUAAAUUGCAUUAAAGUGCAGCAUCUACAGAAAGCUACAGAUUGAGGUACAAGUUUUUUUUUGGGGGGGGCACUAAUUACUUAAUCACUGUGUCCAGGAAAUAAAAAUGAAAAUUGCUUUAAA